AUGGCUAUCGGCAUUAACUUCCGGUUUCUGUACGGCAAUCAACCGUUAUCCACAUACUUUUAUGGCGUGCCGCGUCUCUGCUUGAACCUGAUGGGCUACUGGCCUGAGCGGUUGCAUUGGCGAGCCUACAUCAACUUCGUGGUGCUGGCCAUAGGCGUGGCCACGGAGCUGCAUGCCGGCUAUCGGUGUGCCAGACGGGGCGAUAUAACGGUCGCCUUGGAGACAUUCUGUCCGGCUGGCACCUCAGCGGUCACCCUGUUUAAAAUGUUCUUUUUGCUGCAGGCUCGCGAGGACCUGCUCUACGUCCUAACCAAACAGCGCCAGAUGCUGUUCCCCAUCGUCGGGCAGACGCCUGUCAAGGAACAGGUGAUGCGUCGUCAUUUCCUGAUGACGUGUCGCUUGAACUUCUGGCCAGUGUCCGCUGGCUUCUCCACCAGCAGCCUAUACAAUCUGAAGCCACUGAUGGUAGUGCUGCUGCUCUACCUAAACGGACGUACCGAUGAAAUCGUCUGGGGCAUGCCCUUCAAUAUGACCAUGCCCGAGUGGCUACUACAUGCACCGUUCUACCCGCUUACCUUCAUAUUCAUUGCCUAUACCGGCUACGUGACCAUCUUCAUGUUCGGCGGCUGUGACGCCUUCUAUUUCGAGUUCUGUGUUAACAUCGCCACACUCUUUGACUUCCUCCAGGCGGAUAUUCACACGCUCUUUCAACCCUACAAAGGUAAGGCAAUGCAGCAUUCUUUUGCCCUCUAUCAGAUCAAGGCUCCUCGUUUAGAUCUGCCAGAGAUAAGCGGCGACAACGGCGCCGUCUUCGAGGCGACCUUGGUAAAGCUGAUCAAGCGGCAGAAUGAGAUCUUUGAGCUGACGCAGUACUUCAGGCAGCGCUAUGCCACCAUCACCUUGGCCCACUUCGUCUCGGCCAGCAUGGUGAUUGGCUUCAGCAUCUUCAAUCUACUGACCAUCGGUGACAAAGGCCUCAACACCUUUCUCUACGUGAGCUACACCGUGGCCGCGCUCAGCCAGCUGCUCAUCUACUGCUACGGCGGCACUCUGGUCACCGAGAGUAGUACUAAACUGGCCAUUGUCAUGGGCAGUGCUCCAUGGCAUCUGUGUUUGCCCAAGCACCGUCGCUACGUUCAUCUUUUCAUAAUGCGCUCACAGCGCGGUCUCACAAUGGCAGUGCCGUUCUUCACGCCCUCUCUCGUCUCCUUUACCACAAUAUUGCAGACAUCUGGUUCCAUUAUUGCCCUGGCCAAGUCCUUUCAGCCGCAGGCAUAAUAGAGUCCAUAUUCAAGUACGACUGCGAAACCAAA